CAGCUGAGUCUGACCUGACUGACAGACACUGGACGACAUGGAGGAGCUGCUGGUGACGAGCAGAGCUGCAGCAAAGGUUGGUUUCCAUGGCAACCAGCGGGUCCACAUCAUCCUGGGCAGCGAGUCAUGUGACCUGGACUCUGUGGUGUCAUCGCUGGCGAUGGCCUACUUCCUGUUCAGGACGUCCUCUGGUCCUCCAGGCUGUUCUCUGGUUCUUCCAGUUCUCAACAUUCCCCGGUCGCAAUUCCACCUGCGAGCUGACAUCCUCCUGUUGCUGAGGGAGGCCGGCAUCGCCACAGAGACUCUGGUGUUCAGAGACGAGGUGGACCUGGCUCAUCUCCAUGGCAACAGGAGGCUGGCACUGACACUGGUGGACCACAACAUCCUGCCAAGUACCGACAGAGACCUGGAGGGGGCGGUAGUUGACGUCAUCGACCACCACCAGCUGCAGAGGACCACCUCCUUCGCCUGUCCUGUUACGGUGGAGAUGGUGUUGUCCUGUGCCACCUUGGUAACAGAGCGGAUCCUGUCCAGAGCCCCGGAGAUCCUGGACCAACAGCUAGCUUUACUGCUGUAUGGUGUGAUGGUAGUGGAUUGUAUGAAUCUGUCUCCUGUGGCCGGUAAAGUGAUGGUUAAAGACAGAAAGAUGGUCCACCUGCUGCAGACGCAGUUCCCUGACCUGCCACAGAGGGACGCUCUUCACACCGCUCUGCACACAGCAAAGCUUGACCUGGCAGGUUUCACCACGGAGCAGAUCCUCUUGAACAACAUGAAAACGGUUGCCGGUGGCGACCUGAAAGUAGCUGUUAGCAUCGUCUACAUGAGUCUGGAUUCGUUCUUUCAGAGGAAGAACCUGCAACAGGAGCUCUGCCACUUCUGCAAAUCACACCAUUUGGAUGCUGUGGUCGCCAUGACAAUAUCCUUCAAUGACCAAUCAGACGAACCUGUAAGGCAGGUGGCCAUCUAUGGCUCCAACCUGCUGUACAGGCAGGAGAUCAACCAUGCCCUCUUAGACACUCGUAGCCCUGCUCUCUGCCUGUCUCCUGCCAGCAGCCCAUACAAGGACGUCCUGGCUUAUCACCAGGGCAACACUCUGGCCUCUCGCAGAAAAGUCCUUCCUGUCCUCACACACCUCCUGUCUGACUGGUGGAACAGAGCAGUGCAUUGUGGGGCAGGUGGCGAGGAACUGGAGGACCAACUUGACCAAUCAGACGUGAUGAUCUAUGACACGUUUCCUGUCAACAAAGAAUCAGCUGACCUCUCUGACGCUGACCGGAUGCCCUACGUUUACUCUGCCUGCCAUCGCCACCGGCGGCGGCUGCAGCUGGGAGUAGAGGAUCAUGGGAAUGUGGAGGAGGAUUACGGCGGCAGGAUGAUGCCACCGCCACCACCAAUGAACAGUUUGGUGGAUGGCUGCCCGCUGGAUGGAAGCUUCAACCAGGAAGCUUUACUGGAGAAGUUCAGCAGGAUGGGAGGGGGGGAGGAGGAGCAGGUGGGGAGGGGAAACUAGAGAGGAGGAAAAGGAGGAUGAAGAGGAGAGUGGAAACAUGAUUGGUUUCUUCAUGGACUCGACACAGUAUCAUUUUCUGAGGGUUGGUACUUGUCCGUCAAUCCACCACUUUGAUCCAGACUGAAGUACCUCAACAACUAUAGGACAGAUUGUGACAUUCACGGUGCCCAGAGGAUAAACCCUCAAGACUUUACCUUUAGCGCCACCAGCUGGUUACAAUAUUUGGUUUUAGUGAAAUAUAAAUGGUCAAAUAUUGGCUGGAUUUCCAUAAAAUGUAAUCAUCAGGUCAAAUUUUUAAUUAGUCCAAUCAUUUUCUUGACAUUUGUUGGCCAGAAUGAAUUUUUGAGAAUUGUAUGGAUUAUCACUGAUAAAAAUCAUUCAUGGUCCUCAGACAAUGAAACGUGCUAAUGAGGUUUUUACUGAAAUGUCUCAACAACCUUUAGAUGUAUUGCCUUAAAAUAGAAAUUCAAACAUAUUCAUAGUCUCCAGUGGAUGAAUCCUGGUGGUUUAGUUACACCAGUCAAGUUCAGUUCAGUUAUCCAAUUUAUUGGGUUGAAAUAAUUUAUUUGUGAUCCCUAGAGGAUAAAACUUAGUGAUUUUGUUGAUCCCCUGACUUUUCCUUUAGUGCCAUCGGGUGUUUGUGUUUUUAGUUCAGAGUGAAAUGUCUAUACAACUAUGUGAGGGAUGUCAAUUCAUUUAUAUAUAAACAUUCAUGGUCACAAGAGGA